UUAAUGAAAGACGCACGCCUGUCUUCGUGGCAUCAGUGGGCUGCUCCUACCGUGGCGUGAAUCGCCCCAUUCCCCGCCUGCCUGGCCGACCAUGGGGGAUCCCGCUCAUCUGGCCCCUCGCCAAAUAUGGGCUCAACCAACCACAUCGACCGUGAGGACGUACGAGGCUGGGUGCACCCCUUUUUUACUGCCCAGUAACGGCUAUGUCUAUCUAAAUCGUUCCUAUUCCAUAUCCCUGACCGCAAACGCCAUCUACGACCCCAUAUGCACCAGUACGGCCUCCGCGACGGCACAUGCCGUGGCAGCCCUCGAUCUCACAGACCCCUUCUACUCCUCCGUGACGCCAGAGCUGUACGCCAUGGGCUGCACGACAGUGGUCAGCUAUCUUCUAGUCAUCAUUCUUCUCAUUACCCCACGCACGUUCUAUGUCGGGGGGCCCGGCGGCGGCGCGAAUUUUCUCGGGCGACACGGUAUGAUCAGCGGUUCUUACAGCGGCAACUCGUCGGUAGUCGGAGUGGGUGGCCGACCAUGGCUCCAGAAAGUUGCAGCAUUGUUGGUGGCAGUAUCGCUCACCAUAGCGACGGUGGACUCAUUUCGAGUAGCCGAAAAGCAAUACUACUAUGGUUACUCGGACGCAGAAGCGCUAGCCGAUGCCGUUAUCGACGGACUGGAGAUUCGUGUUGUCAGGGUCAUCUCUACCACCUUCCUGUGGCUUGCCCAGGUCCAAACCCUAAUUCGGCUUUUCCCUCGGCACAAGGAGAAGAUCAUGAUCAAGUGGGCGGGGUUUGCGUUGAUUGUUUUCGACACUACUUUUAGCGUUCUGGACAAGUUUCUGGUCAAGACCGAUACGGUGCAUCCGCGAUUGUAUGAGGACGCAAUCCCAGCUCUCAGCUACCUCUUCGAGCUGGCCCUCAACCUGCUCUACGCCGCAUGGGUCAUCUUCUAUUCACUUUCUAAACACCGGUUCGCCUUUUUUCACCCCAAAAUGCGGAACAUCUGCCUGGUGGCCCUCCUGUCAUUGUGUGCGGUGCUCAUUCCAGUCGUGUUCUUUGUCCUGGACAUCGCCAAGCCGAAAAUUGCUGGCUGGGGUACAUAUGUUCGGUGGGUCGGCUCUGCUGCGGCAAGUGUCGUGGUCUGGGAGUGGGUGGAACGCAUCGAGGCGCUGGAGCGGGAUGAAAGGAAGGAUGGCAUCCUUGGACGGGAGAUCUUUGAUGGCGACGAAAUGCUUGAAGUGACUCCCUCGGAAGAGGUGGAUUGGCCUCGAUACAACCCCGAUGGCAAUGAUCGAGGCGGUGGGGCUGCCACAUCCUCGGGAUGGGGGGGCAUGAUGGGUCUAGCCCAUCGCCCGUUGCGGACCAGAGUUGGUCGUAACUGGCAAUCCAAUCUGGAAAGCCAGCAACAAACUGUGCCCAUUGAUCCCCGGCGCCGGAGGGCGACCGCUCGCCCUACCCCUCCGCCGGCAGUCGUUACCCCUGUGAGCCGGGCCGACACGACCAGUGCGGCCAGCACAGUGUACAACGUCCAUUACCAUCCCGUUUCAAGUCCAACUCCCCCAGUCGCCAUGCCUCAUAUGGAGGAAGAGGAUGAAGAUACGGACGACGCAGUGGUAGCCAAGGAAAUGUCAACAGUCAUGGAUAACCAACCACCCGUCUUGGCCCAUGAUCCGCUGUCGGCACAGCAGACCAGGGAGCAAUCUCCUCAAAUCGUCCACAUGGACAAGAGAUGGCGUGCACUUCUCAAUCCCUUUAAACGCAGACGGGCAUCUUUACCACGAGAGGUUGCUUCGGCGCAGGCAGAGGAAGAAGCUCCCGCCGCCGCCGAAGUAGAACAGCAACACCUUCCCGCGGAUGAAAGUGACGACGAGCACAGCCUGCACCACCGGUCGGAAUCUCUUUUUACCCUACACCGGAGGCUGAGGCCCGGGUCUGGACGGCAAGGUUCCAAUCAUCCCUUGCCAGUAACCGUCAUUCCCGCUCGACGCCGUGGCCAACAAACGUGGUCGCCGCAACGGUUUCAUGAAUCCAGCCUUCUUGAAUCGGUGGCACCUAGCCAGCGAGCUCCGUCUGACCACGAUGACUUGCCUGUAAGGGUGAUUCAACCGCAAACCAGAACCGCCGCCCCAUGGAGCACUACUGAUGGGGAAGGGUUUGGCAAUGCUAAUUACGAGCUGCGAUAUGACCCCGAAGCGGCCGCACUUGUGGAGCCUGGCGACCGUGGCUCAUACCAUUUGCCUGUGCCCGAGACGGAGGGCUCAGCAGGUGAUCCAUCUUGGCGGGGGCAAGAUGCUGUGCUUUCGCACCCGGCGCAGGAAGCCGGCGCAGCGGAUGGGCCAACUCUGCCACGAGACACCUUAGCUCGUAACAGUGACCCUCAUAACAGCGAAGACUCCCGAACUCCUCAAUGACAGGUCCCUUACUCUUUUCCGUUCAGUCCCUUAAUAUUGCGAUAUCACUUUCCCCUUUAUUUUACUCCUUUCCCUUGUCACGGUUUCUUUAGCGGGGAGUCUAGG